AUGGAAAAUACGCGUGGCAUUAAUGUAACGCAAACAAUUGUCACAUUAACCAAGCUGAUAACACCGCCAGCGCUGCAACAGUGUCUGCAAUUCAUCUAUACCGGCACAAUUGAAAGGGAAUUUCACAAUUUGCAGGAAAUUAAACAAGCUGCUGAUUUCUUAGAACUGCCUCAAUUGACUUUAUUACUUUCCAAGCCACAAACACUUUUAGCCAGUCUAAACGAUGAACCCAAUCAACAUUUAUGCUUUAGCAUUAAAGAGAAUAUGGAGAAACAUUGCAUUGGCGAUGGUUGCUUCAGCGAUGUCACUUUCGAGUUGGACGAUGGUCAAAUGAAGGCACAUCGCGCCAUUUUAGUUGCACGCUGUGAUGUUAUGCGCGCCAUGUUGGCUGGCGACUUUCGUGAGGCGCACUCAAGUGUGAUCGUCUUUCCCGGUGUCACGAUUUAUACAUUUCAUAAGUUGCUCUGCUAUUUGUACACAGAUGAAAUACCUCCAAUUUCCGCAGAUAAAUGCUUAAACCUUCUAGAAUUGGCUAAUCGUUUAUGUUUGCCACGACUAUUGAAUUUGGUGGAAUGUCGUGUAAUUGAAGACUUAACAAUGAUUUCGCAGAAUGAAACAAAUGAAACGGUCGAUCAUUGUCUAAAGCUGCUGGAGCCGGUGAAG